AUGCCCAGGCCAGAAGCCACCAGAACCAACACUCUAAAAACAAAGAGAAGAGAUUUUAUUAACGCUUUGAUCAACAGAGGUGUUGAUGACAGGAUUUCAUCGAGGAGACACAAUCUCGAUCCCAGAAGUCACGUGGGAAGACUUCAGAGAAGAGUUGGUUUGGUCAAUUUUGAAUCGCAUCAAAAAUUCUGUUUUGAUGACGAAAUGUGGACAAUCGAGAACGUCAAUGCCACUAAUGGACAGAUUGUAGUUGCUUGCUUAACCGCUGAUUUUACUAUGCAAAAUGUUCUUAUAAAAAUUGGACUGAAGAUAACAAAAAACAUAAUGAAAAAAUUUUGCUCUCAAUGUGUCAAUCAAACUCUGCAAAAAGUCACCAUGUUUAUCGGUCAAGAAGGAAGUGUUGUCUGCCAUCUAUCCAAAUACAAAAUACCUCCUGCCAGGGGUACAAGCCGGGUGAACAGCAAGUCUAAUAAAACGGCGACGGCGCCAACGUGCUUCCUGACGAGUUGA